AUGGCUCGCAAUCAGAGCUUGCAGCAAGGCUAUGACUUUUCUUCCUACCAACAGACACGGUCCUUUUCAUUUGGACCGCGAAGUUCGUCUGCUUUGGCUUUGGAGUUGUCACUAGCCGGACUGUUCGACUGUCUCACUCUCGAGUGCAGCUCGACUCUGGUGCAUCCACAAUGGAAACAUUUCCGACACAUGGGCAUGCAGCGGUCGGACAGAAUCAGACUGAACAAUGGAAUCUGGCGAUCAUGGCAUCUGCAGUAUCUCAAAGGUAAAACAACAAAGUUUGUUUGCUUUUCGACUCCAAACUUGAUCGAAUUCGAAACGAAUCACCGCCUAAAUCCGCACAACAGGCCAAAAACUAUUGUAAUGGAAGGGAAAUACUGGAGGCGGAAUCAAAUGGCAGUUGCGAAGGAAUAUCGGAAGUGGAGGUUGUACUACAAGGAGAAGUGGAAGAAGGAGCGUCUCGGUUCUGCAAUGGAAGCAAUGCGAGCUCGGCUGGAAGCGGAAGAGAGUACUUCAGACUCAGUGAGAUUAGGCAAGCAUGUGCAUAUGCAGCCUUAUUCUGUGCCUGGACUUUCGUUUGAUGAUGAAGAAAUGAUUGUGUCAGAGGAUGUGCUGUUUGGUUCAGCAUUCAGCGGUGGUUUGGAUGAUAUCCAUGUCAUGGAAACUGCUGAUGUCAUUCAACCCAGAUUGGAUCAACUUAAUCCUAUGUUUGAUGAUUUUUUCAGUUCUAUUGACAUGGUAGUAGAAGGUCUGCCACAAUUUAUGAGGGCUGGUAGUCAGUCUUCUUGCAACCUAGCAAAGCCUGGCAGUUUUCAAUUCCAUGGUAGCAGCCGUCCUGAUUUGCAUUUGUUGCCUGUGGAGACAUUACCACAGCACCACAAUAUAGUUACUGAUCCUAUUCAUUCUGAAGUGGCGCCUUUGGUUCAACAAGCAAUUCCGGCAAGUAUUGGUGUACAGCAAAGCUGUGAGAGUCACAUUGUCUAUCACCAAGACACUGAGAUGGGCACUGGAAACCGUGUGGGAACGUCUGGAUACAUGCACAAUAAGCAGGCAUCAGUAUAUGGUGGAGAUGUCCAACAUCCAAUGAUGCAAGUUGAAGUCGACAGUGCUACAGCGGCUGCUAGGCAAUUUGUUGAUGAGGUGACCGGUGCCUCUGGACUGUCUCAGCUUGCUGAUUCUGGCUCUUCGAGACUUGUGUCUCCCGUGGAACAAAACCGUCCUCACUCUUUAGUCCGCCCUUAUUCUGCUGGCUCAAGUUCUAGCUCGCCUUCUCAACAGUUUGAACAGACUGCAGCUUCAGUUCAUCCUCAACCAUCUCGUACCUCUAGUGUUCCAACUAUUGUCAACCGCUCUUCACGUCGAAGGAAGUCUAGGUCUUCCAUUUCUUCUAGUCCUACAAGAUCUGCAGAGCCAUACCCACAGCAGAAGCAACCACAGGUUGCUGCAGUUCCGCAAAUGCUCCAACGAUCUCGAACUGAUCCAUCUCUUUCCUUGCAAACAUCUGGUUCCAAUUUGAGUGAGAUUUCUGCUUCUUUACAGGCUUCACGUGUUAAUAUUUCACCAAGAGCCUCAUUCGCUCAGUUGCCAAGAAGUUUGUCUGGUGACGUAAGUGAACGUUCCCGCUUGGUGCAAACUCAAAGUGGUUACUCUCAAUCUUCUCGAAAGAGUUACCCUGGAAUAGCACCCAAGAUAGAAUCUGACUCCAGGGCAGCUAGUGGUCCAUCUUGUGCUCAUAAUAUGUUGCCAAUGAAUGAGAUGGUGCAGCUUGCUUUGCAGUCAGCACAACCACAGUCAAUCCCAGUGCUUGCAAGCGGUAGCAUGAGCACUAACAAUCCAUCUGUACCUUUAUAUGGGACAACCGGAAUGAACAUAUCUCCACACACACACAGUACUCCAUCACAAAGCAGUAUUUCUUCUUCCAACUUGAAUGAUCUGAUACAGCAACUGGUGACUGCUGUUACCGAAGCGCCAGAGUUGUUGCCUAAGAUACUGGAAGUGGUGAACAGCUACAAGAAAGGACAGCAAGGACAUGCUCCGUCUCAAGCAGCUGGUUAUCCUUCUCAACAUGCAGAUGCUCGGUCUCUCUCUAGCAUGGCCAGUCAACAUCACCCUUAUACGAUACCACUGCAAGAGGCUGAUAUUCAAAUUCCUCAAGGGAAGCACCUCAGUGCUCGCAUGGAAGGCAACCUUCAACCGCAGCAGGAGGCCCAGGCUCAGGUUCUUCCUGGAGAAGAAAGGGUAUUUUUCCCAGGAGUGAGUCUUCGGGAAAGACCUUCUGUUGAAAAUCCACCAAGAUUGUCUGCCCACACACCAAGAAUGUCUGCCCACAGACAGUCCAUGAGUCCUCCGUCUGCUCUUCAACGCGUUUCCACGUCUUCAACUCCUACUGCUGCUCGAAGCAGUGGAGAAUUUGAUUUUCAAAGUAAGAUGAUGUUACUGGCAGUACAGCAGACUGGACUUGAUGGCUACACGUCCAACCAGCGUUUUGAAAGUGUCACUACUGCAGCUGGGCCGCAAGUUUUUGAGGGAAGUCAAUCACAGUUUACGACCAUCUCCGUUCCUUUCGUCGUCGGAGCAUCAUCUCAUAGUAACCACGUGACGCCUUCGCACCCCAAGGAUCACCGCCGCCAGUCACACAUCACUGCUGAGCAGAAGAGAAGGGGGAAUAUCAAGUUGGGGUUUGAGCAUCUUCAUCAGUUGCUUCCUAAUACGUGCGGCCAGCCAUUGAACAAAAUUAGCAAGGCGAACAUGUUACAGAAAGCGACUGAGUACGUAUUGCAGUUGAGACGUGAAAAGCGAUCUAUGGAAGAGGAAGUCACGAGGCUUCAACGAGAAAUUGAAUCUCUUAAUGAAACUAUUAAUUUGUGUCAAGAACAAUUACCGGCGUCUGGAGUACCGGUUUCCCGGCAGAGAUUUACUCAAAUGCAGCAAAUGUUUCAACAGUACGUUCGUGAACAAACAGCCAGAAAUUUUAAAUUUUGGAUUUUCAGUGUUAUUAUUCGGCCUCUGUUCGAGUCAUUCAACAGCUCCGUGUCGACAAGAAACUUAGAAGAGCUGUGUCAAACCGUUCUCACGUGGCUGGAACAGAAAUGUGCGUUACCCAAUCUGAGACCUUCUGUUCUGGAGUCUUUGAGAGACCUCAGCACAACGACGUCAAUUCUGUCAGACCCGACAAGCAUAUCGAAAGCUGCUGCAGAAGUUGUAGGAGAACCGUCUCUCGGUCUUCUAAAUCAGCGCCCUUUGUAGUUAGAGGCAGUUUGCUGUCAAUUCCUGGUGUUGUGUGUGUGCAUGUGUGUAAUCAUUGUACAUUUUGAUCAUGAACGGUCGGAACUGAGGCAAAGUACUGAUUUACGGUUUUUAGCUAGGCAGCUGCAGAGUCGUAUAGGUUGUAGUUGGGAGAACUAGGGUGCGAACUGAAGUCGUGCAAGGUUUUCUCUUAUGUUAGUCACCGCGACAUAGAUUUCUUCAACUGCGAUGCAGAUUGUACUUAGA